AUGCUCUUCUCACGAGAAUUUAUCCCUACUGUCUUGGCCAUGGCCAUGUCUGUGAUGCGUGCUGAGGCCGCUAUUGCGGUCGGAACUGCCUCUGGUUUUAACGUUAUGUGGAUUGAUGGUGGUGACCCUUGCCACUGGCACAGGAUCAACGACAUAGGCCAAAACCCGUGUAAUGUCCCUCUCACCAGCCCGCUUGACAACGGGUACAAGUACACUCUGCAAGGCUGCGGUGGUCCUCUGUGGCUGGACAAUGAGGAUGGUUCCUUCAACAGCAACUGCCACGACGCGUCGGCCGAUUUUGACUGCGGUGUGCACCGGAACUGGGUUUGCUCCUAG